CAACAGUCGUCGAAUUCCGGGAUGCAAAGACACGACUCGCAAUCCUAACAAAAGGAGAGACCGUCAGAUAAUCGCCAUUGACGACGGCGGGCUUUGCUUACGGCAGCAGAAACAAGAUGGCGGUUUCAUGCUUACACAUAAUCAUGUCGCUAUCCUGGAAGCGAAGCCACAGUUUCAGUGCCUACAGGACAGCCGGUCUAUUCUUUCGGAUGAAAGCUUUGCGCAAAUGGUUUGCGAGGCACUCGCUGCCAGACUAUCUUAUCCUAGUAUCGCUUUACAGCAAAGCGUCAUUAUAAUCAAUGCUACUCAACACUAUAUAUGCUUUCUUCAGGUGGAUCUGCGUGACGAGUAUGUGGACGAUCUGGAAAGUCCUUCACCAGAGCACAUGUUAUACAUUAGUUCUACUCCCUGGUUUGAUUUGGAUCGAAGAAAUGGUAGAGAAUCCGUUCUCGCCAAUCUGUGUGGGAUCAUGCGUCGAGCAAAGUCGGUAUAAGGGUUGCAAGCAAGCCAUAAUCUCGUGCUUUGACCGGUGCUGAGAUGCG